AAACUCAAAUUCAAAUAGUGAUUUGGAAAGUCGCACUUACGGCGAAUGACGAAAAAAAUUAACAGAUUGAUUACAAAAGUAAAGUAACACAUCACAGCUUGCCUUUAUUGAUGAAACAAUUUUGUUGUCGUUGUGAUACAGUUGUACCUCCGCAUUCUUGAGACGCGUACAUAAAACGAUAGUGAGUGAAAAUCAAAACAAGUUUUCUGCUUUCGUAAGCAGUGAGCAGUGUUUGCGACUUUGCGAUGGCUAGUGAGGACAAAGUUGGAGCGAGUGCUAGUGCUCUACAACCUACUGAUGAUGAGAAUUCGAAGUCCUGUUGGGUAUGCUUUGCCACUGAGGCGGACGACAGACUGGCCGCUUGGGUACAACCUUGCAAAUGCAUUGGCACCACAAAAUGGGUGCACCAAAGUUGUCUCCAACGCUGGGUGGAUGAGAAACAGCGCGGCAACAUCACCAGGAAAGUGUUGUGCCCACAGUGCAAGGCGGAGUACAUCGUUGUGUUCCCAUCCAUGGGCGCCUUCGUAGCGUUGUUGGAUGCGCUGGAGGAAAUCACGCACAAGAUCAGCCCCUUCAUAGCCGGCGGGGUUCUACUGGGGUCUAUAUACUGGAUCGCGAUCACGUAUGGUGCUGUCACUGUUAUGCAGGUAGUUGGUCACAGAGAAGGGCUGGAGAUGAUGGAGUCUGCGGACCCGCUGGUGCUUCUGGUGCUGUUGCCCACCAUCCCAGUCACGCUCAUCAGCGCCAAGAUGUACAACUGGGAGGACUCGGUGCUGCUCUUCUUGCGCAAGUACUGUGCGAAGAUACCAGCGCUGGCGUAUAUACUGCCUUUUGGAAAUGUUGAAGGUGACAGAGGCGCCAUAGUAUCCGGACAACACAACAACACAAACCAAACCACCACCCACCAUUUAUCCCCCACCAGGAUAUUCUGUUCCGCCCUCCUCCUCCCCACCAUUUCCACCAUAAUCGGCAAAAUAUUCUUCAGGUCCGUCCAAAACAACCUCCACAGAACAAUACUCGGAGGUCUAACAUACAUAACAAUAAAGGGUGCUCUCAAAAUAUACCACAAACAAAUGUUGUACAUAAGGCAUUCUAGUAGAAAAAUUCUAGAUUACACUGAAACAAAUUUGAAAUUGUAUAGAAGUAAUAUUAGUAGUAAUGAAGCAGUAUCUAAUAAUGAUUCUGAACAGGUGAUAUAGUUGUGGGUGUAUAUGUAGGAGUGAAACUUCUAUGGUAUGCUAUUCGUGGAUUGAUUGUAUAUCCAAUGAUAUUUUGUACUAUUAGAUAUGGCAUUACCGCGUCGUAACUGAGGCGAACGUUAUCAACCCGUAUUCGGCUCACUGCUGAGCUCGAGUCUCCUCUGAGAAUGAGAGGGGUUAGGCCAAUAGUUCACCACGCUGGCCCAAUGCGGAUUGGCAGACGUCACACACGCAGAGAAUUAAGAAAAUUCUCUGGUGUGCAGGUUUCCUCACGAUGUUUUUCUUCACCGUUUGAGAUACACCGUUUCACCGUGUGAUAUUUAAUUUCUUAAAAUACACACAACUGACAAGUUGGAGGUGCAUGCCCCGGAUCGGAUUCGAACCCACACCCUCCGAAAUCGGAGGCAGAGGUCAUAUCCACUGGGCUAUCACGGCUGUAACUGAGGCGAACAAUGGCGCCUAAUUGACAUUUAGUCGCAUAGUAAACAAUUAAUAUUGUCUACAAUGUCGAGUUGUGUAUUCAGGAAGUGUAAAAUCUAUAUAUACAUAAAUAUACAGGGUGCUCGGGAGUAUUUCCCAUAACUGCAUAACUAAUAUUUUGUUUAUGAUUUAUAAUUUUUGACGGCCUCCGUGGCGCAGUGGUAUGCGCGCUGGAUUUACAAAACGGAGGUCCUGGGUUCGAUCCCCGGCUGGGCAGAUUGAGAUUUUCUUAAUUUGUCCAGGUCUGGCUGAUGGGAGGCUUCGGCCGUGGCUAGUUACCACCCUACCGACAAAGACGUACCGCCAAGCGAUUUAGCGUUCCGGUACGAUGCCGUGUAGAAACCGAAAGGGGUGUGGAUUUUCAUCCUCCUCCUAACAAGUUAGCCCGCUUCCAUCUUAGACUGCAUCAUCACUUACCAUCAGGUGAGAUUGUAGUCAAGGGCUAACUUGUAAAGAAUAAAAAAAAAAAUGUAAUAUUAAUAUGUAAUUUUUAUAGUGCAAGUAAAAAAUAAAAACUUUUUACGAUUUCAUACAAAGUAAUUCAAAUAAUUCCAUCUAUAUAUGUAACACACGCCUUUAUCUAUCCUUGCAUUUUAAAAUUUUAAAUUUUGGCUACGUCAUAAUUAUAAGGGACACAUUUUAAGAUCUGUUAAUAAAAUGAAUAUUAUUUACUCUGUAUAUAUUAAUUUUAAAACACAUCUGUACUAAUAUUAUAAAGCUGAAUAGUUUGUUUGUUUGUUUGAUUGAACGCGCUGAUCUCAGGAACUACUAGUCCUUUCUUUCAUUGUUAGAGAUAGCCCAUUUAUCGAGGAAGGCUAUAUAUUAUUCCCGUAUUCCUACGGGAACGGGAACCACGCGGGUGAAACCGCGCAUUGUCAGCUUGUGUCCUUUGAAAAUUUAAAAUUCAUUUUUGGUAGAAUGUUAUGAGUUAUGGAAAAUACUCCCCAGCAUCCUGUAUAAUGUAAGUAAACGCAAAACUGUGCAUGUGUGCUCAGUGGAGUAACUGAGUUCGGAUCACUUUUUGCGGUGAUCUUGUAGGCACGUAACAUAUCUAAUAGUAUGAAAUAUCGUGGUGUAAAUCUAUACUUGAAUAGAUAUAAAACUAUAAAUGCUACAUUUAUAAACAUUGAAUAAGAUUAAAUAUUUUUUUUUAGAAUUCAAACUAUUGUGAGUGGUAUUCAUAUUAAUUAAUUAUGAAACUAACUUGAUAAAACGUCGGAGUAUGCCCGACUAGUUUUGAACCUAUACGGGGCCCUUAUUCAUGAGCUGGUUCUUGCAUCACGUGAGUUUUAGCCGGGUUUAAAAUUUACUAUAAAUGGUAGUGUUUUAGUCCACUUUGCUUUGAUGAAAAUUUAGGUUUAUUUUUAAUCCAUGUUUAUAAAUAUGGCUGUAAAUGUAUUAUUUGAAAAUUAAAAAAUAAAAACCAGGCAUCGUGAGAAGUGAAAUUAUUAUUAUAUGAAUUGGAAAAAUAAUAAAAAGCUUUAUUCUUGGACCGAAAGCCUGCGUUAGCCACACAUAUCUCAUUUUAGGAAAGCUAAACCCAGUGGAGGGUUAACUAUAGCUGAUAUAGUUAAUAUAUACCAUGAGAUGCGGGCGACGGAGGGAAAGUCUGCGCGGGUGUGAUAUCGUACGUGCGGGGAAGUGACGUGCAUCAGUCGUGGGUUUUUCAUUCAUCGCUACACGCCCCCCGGCCCGCGCGGGCCAUUGGGAGUGUUAUGAACGAAGUUGCCAAGUUAUAACACAAUUGUGACAAAUCUUCAGCGUUCAUAAUAUAAAGUAAGUCUGAAGAAUUAAAUGAAAAAUUUUAAAAAAUAUUAUUAUUUAGCCUUUAAACCAAAGAAGUUUCAUUUCGGGAAAGUAUCAUGUAUUUUAAUUGUUAUAGAUAUACAGGAAGAAAAUUUUUUUAGUGCGGAUAUUUUUAUAUUUUGUACAUAAACAAAAUUUAAUGAUCACGUAUUUUUUCUUUUUUUUUUUAACUCAAAAAUAACAAAAUUAUCAUUAGCUAUUUACUUUUGAACAGAAUUUUAGGGUUUCCCUAUUGUGCGUUUAUUUUAUUUUCGUUUGAUACCUAAAGGACGUCACCAGAUCACUUUUAAGCUGAAUAUAUCUUGUUUAGUAAUAAUAUGUACAUUAUUUUGUUAUUUUAGAGACAUAAAUUAAAAAAAAAAAUUACAUAAAAUGUAUCGAACUGUUUGUAGAUUUAUAUUCUAUUAAUGAUACAGAACCACGAAAAAAAAUAUCCGCACUAAAGACCGAAUCACCCUGUAGAUAGAGCUCUACAAAAAAAUAUGUUUCAUAGUAGUUUAUUGAUGAAUUAACCCAUACUGAUAAUAUUAACCAGACUUUUCUCUUUUUGUAAAUGAUCAAAAUUUGUCAGUCCAUGUACUAUUAAUAGAAGAUUCGUAUUAGAAACGACCUUUACCCACCUGUUUAAUGAAUGAAAAGUGUUUUAUACCUAUAUCGAAUUUUAUCCAUAACCAUCAUUAAUGAUAGUUUGAUAUACAGGGUGCUCGGGUAACUUCAAGGUAUUAAAGACACCAUUUAUAGGAAGUGCCGUGAUAGCCCAGUGGAUAUGACCUCUGCCUCCGAUUCCGGAGGGUGUGGGUUCGAAUCCGGUCCGGGGCAUGCACCUCCAACUUUUCAGUUGUGUGCAUUUUAAGAAAUUAAAUAUCACGUGUCUCAAUCGGUGAAGGAAAACAUCGUGAGGAAACCUGCAUACCAGAGAAUUACCUUAAUUCUCUGCGUGUGUGAAGUCUGCCAAUCCGCAUUGGGCCAGCGUGGUGGACUAUUGGCCUAACCCCUCUCAUUCUGAGAGGAGACUCGAGCUCAGCAAUGAGCCGAAUAUGGGUUGAUGACGAUUAUAGGAAGUGAACUGCAUAACUAAUAUUUUAGUAACUACAAAAAGAUAUGUUUUUAUACAAAGUAAUUCAAAUAAUACCGACCAUGUAACAUACGCCUUUAGGUAACAAAUUGACAAUGUUGUAUUUUAAAAUAUAAAUACAUCAUUAUUAUAAGGAUGCGUAUACGGGACAGAUUUAAGAUCUAUUUACAAAAGAAAUAUUAUUUACUCCGAAAAUAUUCAUCUUAGAACACAUGUUCCUUGAACAAUUUGAAUUAAUUUUUGUUAAAAAAUAUAACCCUGAUGAUAUGGGAAAUACUGCCGAGCAUCCUGUAUAGUUUGAGAGCCUUUCUGCCUCCGAUUCCGGAGGGUGUGGGUUCGAAUCCGGUCCGGGGCAUGCACCUCCAACUUUUCAGUUGUGUGCAUUUUAAGAAAUUAAGUAUCACGUGUCUCAAACGGUGAAGGAGAACAUCGUGAGGAAACCUGCAUACCUGAGAAUUUUCUCAAGUCUGCCGAUCCGCAUUGGGCCAGCGUGGUGGACUAUUGACCAAACCUCUCACAUUCUGAGAGGAAACUCGAGCUCAAAAGUGAGCCGAAUAUGGGUUAGUAACGAUUAAUGAUAGUUUGGCCACGAAUUUUUGAGACAAUAUACUAAAUUUGAUGUAAAACAUGGUAUGAAGGUCGUUUCAAAUACAAUCUGAGACUAUAUUGGUAAAUAUGGUUGGUAUACAACUAUGGAGUAUGGACCAUGGUGGCCUUAGGAUGACCUUAAUAUGAAUUAGGUUUAGUCUAUGCCUAUUUAUUGUCCAAGUAUAAAGAAUUAACCUUUACGGGUCAGCAAUUCCCACCUCCCAAAGCCACGAUGGCCUAAACAUAGUUGCCUAUCAUAUAGAUUGCGGCUUCUAGAUAAAUAUAAGUCUGUGCAUUGCUAAUGACAUCUAUAUAUAACGACUGGUGCGUACCCGAAUUUUCUAAUUGAACUGUAUAUAUGCAGCGUUUUAAAUAUUUAAUAAAUAUUCACCGUUUCGACGGUAGAAAAAUAAAAUUAAAUAAAUGACAUGAAGAUAACUUACUUCAGAUCAGUGGCUUAAGUUUUCAUGCACAGGGGUUUAACAAGGGUAUGCUCUAAAUGUACAAAUUGUACAAAAUGGACAAUUGCUUCUUCAUAAUAUCUUCGUAAUAUUUAUUUAGGCUUGGCAAUGCAUUUCUGUAUCCAUGAAGUAUUUUUAAAGAAAAUUAAUAUGGCGACUGUGUCAUAGUAUUUUUUUUCUUUUUUUAAACUAUAUCUACUACUUGUGAUUGUAAUUUCUAUUGAAUGAUUAACUUGAUGACGCAAAUUGUCAUUGUCGCUUGAUUAAUUUUCUCUAACUACCGUAGAUUAAUAAAAAAUUGCAAUAAUAUGUACCUACUAAAGUAUUUUCUAUUCAAUUUCGAAAAUGAAAUUAUUGUUAGGAUUAUUUUUUACCGCACAUGCACAUUUUACUAUAUGUAAAAUACUCUAGCCCAAUCGGUUUGUUCAGCAUUGCUGAUAGCUCUUUAAUGACGUGUAUAAUAUAAUGUACUAGGUAUUAUAACAACAAUGAGCUAUAACUUGAGACCGCGGACUCAUUAGCGAGACCACUGUAUGUAUGUGCUAUGACGUCAUUGAUUAUUAAAUGAUAUAACUAAAGCAAAUUAUUUCUAUCAGAUCGCGUCAGUAGGGAUGAUUGGUAUCGGUAUUAUAAAAAAAAUCAAUAUCUAUAAGAAAAGCGCUUAAAUAAACCGCAAACUAAAAUAUGCGCUUCGCAUUCAUUUUUCGGGCUUGCGGUGUCUAGCUAAAUAUGAGUCCGUGGUCGAGACAUUUGUUUGAAUGUGAGAAAGGAAUACUAAUGAAUACAUUGGUAUGUGAUAUGUAUUGGACUGUAUAUUUUUUUAAAUUAAUUUUUUUAAGGUCAAUUUAUAUUUGUAGCGGUUAUUGUUAAUGCGCUAGUGUAAUUUAAUGGCAAUAUUUUUUUAUAUAUUCACAUACGACGUAGACAGGGAAAAAAAUAGACGAAUGAUUGGUAUGCCAUUGUCAGUCAAAGGAUUACACUGAUCCAAAUAUUUCAAACUAGCAUAGCCCCAUGGCUUCAUCCGCGUAGACCCAUUACCAUGAGAAUACGUUAUACGGAUAUAAAAUAUAGACUGUUACUCGCUAAAAAUGUAGUAUAUCCGUAAUAAAUCCUAAAAUCUUACCACCUUAUAAAAAACUAGCAAACGCUGCGAGGUUUCACCAACGUAGUUCCCGUGGGAAUACGGGGAUAAAAUAUAGCCUAUAGCCUAUAGCCUAUAGUGUAGCUACCAAACAGUGAAAGAAUUUUUUUAAUCGGUUCAGUAGUUUCGGAGCCUAUAGAAUGUAAACAAAUAAUCUAAUCUUUCCUUUUUGUAAUAUUAGUUUAGAACUUUAAAUUCGUCACUUAAAAUUUGCAAGAAGUUGGUGCUGUAAUUUUAUGCUCACAUUACAUUACUUUUGUUUUAUAUACUUUUUUAAUAACAAAAGCAUAAAAAUAUUUUACCUACUAAUUGACAACACUUGUUUGACCCGUAGCUGCUGGCCUAUUCACCAUUUUGGUCUUUAUUAUCAACCUAUUGAAGUGGACAACAAAGUGUCAUCUACAUACUAUACGAUAUCCACCUUAAGCACUGGAUGACAUUUGUAAUUUGUAUCAUAGAAUGUGGAUGACAUUUUGUCAAUUGAAUUGUUUUUUAUUUUGAUGGGUUGACAAUAAAGACCAAAAUAGGAAACAGGCCAGCUGGGCCUGAAAAAAGCUGCACGCGUCCUAAUACAGAGUUUUUGAAGUGAUAACUUCUUAACUGAAGGUUUUCCGCUUCGUAACGUAACGCGUUACGUCGCCACUCUGGCUUCCCUUUCUCCCAUACGGUAGCUUUAAGUUAUUACUUCUGUCGAGCGUCCCGAGGUGCACACGUUUUUUCAAGGAAUGCGACUGAUGCUGUCUCUUCGUCUAUUACUUUCUCUGUCUACGCGGCAAGCGAACUUGCGUUUAAUUUUUCAUUAAUAUGGCAACUUUAACAAUAAAUCUGAUAAAUAUUUUUGA